AUGCGAGGAGCAAAGAAAGCUGUUGCCGUCGGAGUUGCAGUGGCAGUGGCAUGUGGUCUCCACAAGCACUUGACUUUUGUGCCUGGGCCUCGGCAUGCCGCUCCAGUGGCCGCCGCUGCUGCGGCCAGCAUGAUGAUGGCUCCUGCGGCUUUUGCUGAUGAGAUCGGCGAUGCGGCAAAGAAGCUUGGGGAUGCUUCCUACUCUUUUGCCAAGGAAGUGGAUUGGAACAAUGGCAUCUUCCUCCAGGCUCCUGGCAAGUUUCAGCCCUUGAAAGCUUUGAAGGCCAUUGACAAGAUGAUCGAAAUGGGGGCAGCCGCAGAUCCCAAGCUUCUGAAAGACGCAGCAGAAGCACAUCACAAGGCCAUCGGGAGCAUCAGCGGGCCAAAUGGUGUGACUUCGCGCGCUGACUGGGAUGCCGUGAAUGCAGCCCUUGGCCGUGUAGUCGCUUCGGUCCCCAAAGCAAAGGUGAUGGCCGUUUACGAUGCGGUGAAAGACAUCACGGACCCCAAAGUGCCAGCUUACAUGAAGUCUUUGGUGAACGGACCUGAUGCCGAGAAGGCCUACCAAGGAUUCCUGGAAUUCAAGGAUGUUGUCGCAAAGAACCAGGUGGCCACCGCCAGUGCUCCGGCAGUUGUGCCUUCUGGAGACAACAUUGGUGUAGCUGCAAAAGCUUUGUCCACUGCAUCCUAUCCUUUCAUCAAGGACAUCGAUUGGCUGUCGGACGUUUACCUGAAGCCGCUGCCCGGCAAGACUGCCCCAGAGACCCUGAAAGCCAUUGACAAAAUGAUCGUGAUGGGCGCCAAGAUGGAUGGCAACCUCUUGAAGGCGGCAGCAGAGGCACACCACAAGGCCAUUGGCAGCAUUGAUGCCAAGGGUGUGACGUCCGCAGCCGACUACGAAGCUGUGAAUGCAGCCAUUGGGCGCUUGGUGGCAUCCGUGCCCAAGGCCACCGUGAUGGAUGUGUAUAAUUCUAUGGCCAAGGUUGUGGAUUCCACGGUCACCAACAACAUGUUCUCGAAGGUGAACCCAUUGGAUGCAAUCGGUGCUGCCAAGGGUUUCUACACCUUCAAAGAUGUGGUGGAGGAGCCUCAGAAGAUCAAAAAAGAUGUGAUGCCGCACAAGAACCAAUUUAGGUUCGGUAUGACAGAUCGGCGCAAAAAUAAACGACCUGUGAUUGCUUCCCUCGUGGCCUUUGCGCUGCUUGGGCUCUCUUGGCAAUGGUCUGCCACCUGCUUUGGCAAGAAAGCCAGCAAGGAGUUGCCAGCAGACGACAAAGCGAAGAUCAUCAGCCUUGUUGGCCGAGAGGUGGUUGACAGCAGAGGGAAUCCAACAGUGGAAGCAGAGCUGACCACAGGCUAUGGCACCUUCCGCGCAAUUGUGCCCAGUGGAGCCUCCACUGGAAUUUACGAGGCUCUGGAGCUCCGAGAUGGCGGCAGCCGCUACAAAGGAGCUGGGGUUACCAAGGCGGUGAAGAACAUUAACAGCAUCAUUGCGCCAAAGUUGAAGGGCAAAGACGUCCGACUCCAAAGGGAGCUUGAUGACUUCAUGGUUCAAAAGCUGGACGGAACACAGAACGAUUGGGGCUAUCCCAAGGCCAAACUGGGAGCCAAUGCCAUCCUGGCAGUGUCCAUGGCUGUGUGUCGUGCUGGCGCAGAAGCCUUUGGCCUCCAACUCUUCGAGUACAUCGGAGAACUGAAGGAGACCAAGUUUGAUGUUGAGCAGAUCGACGUUCAGCGGGCGAGGAGGAAAACUUACAAAAUGCCAGUUCCCAUGAUGAACGUCAUCAACGGCGGAAGACAUGCGGGCAACGCACUCCCAAUGCAGGAGUUCAUGAUUGCUCCCACAGGCGCUAAAUCCUUCAAGGAGGCCUUACAGAUUGGCUCAGAGGUCUACCACUCCUUGCAAGCCGUUGUGAAGCAAAAGUAUGGCAAGAGUGCAGCCGCUGUUGGCGACGAAGGUGGAUUUGCACCAAACAUCCAGGACGUGUUGGAUUCCCGAUGGGAGGAGAACGACGAGGGCUUGCAAGCCUUGGUUGAUGCCAUCAAAGAUGCUGGCGCCGCUGGCAAGGUGAAGCUUGCGAUGGAUAUCGCGGCUUCGGAGUUUUACAACAAGGAGGACAAGACCUACAACUUGGGAUUCAAGGCGGAAAACCCCGACUCAUCCUUGAUCAAGACAAAAGAACAACUGGUGGACUGGUACAAGGAUAUGUCCUCAAGAUUCCCCAUCGUUUCCAUCGAGGAUCCCUUCGACCAGGAUGACUGGGAUGCCUACAGCGGCCUGGUAGAGGAGCUGGGCAAAACCGUUCAGAUUGUGGGCGACGACCUGCUGGUGACAAAUCCAAAGAGGAUCCACUAUGCCCAGGAGCACAAGGCAGCCAAUGCCCUUCUCUUGAAGGUGAACCAGAUCGGCAGCAUUACCGAAGCCAUUACAGCAUAUUUGGACAGUGUCUCUACAGGUUGGGGUGUCAUGGUUUCUCAUCGGAGUGGUGAGACCGAGGAUACUUUCAUUGCAGAUAUGGCAGUGGGCUUAAGCACUGGGCAGAUCAAGACUGGUGCUCCAUGCCGAUCAGAACGAGUUGCCAAGCGUGUGACUCAGAGUUGA